AUGUCUACUGAUGAUGAUCAAUGCGCAGGGCAAUGGGGUCCUAGAUCCGAACCAACUCUAGAUCCAAACCGUCAAUGGGCAGCAGUCCGUAGACGUUACGAAUGGCACGAAUCAUAUAAUGAAACUAUAGCUCCUAAAGAUGAGGAGUUGGAAAAGGAGCUUUUUGAUGAAGAAAAUCAUAUUCAUACUGGUAUUAAUUUUUCAAAAUAUGAAAAGAUUAAGGUGACAGUCAGUAAUCCGACCGUUAAACCUAUUAGCACGUUUGAAGAAGCAAAACUUCAUCAAGCGAUGAAGGAAAAUGUUCAAUUGGCUAGAUACACUAUGCCAACUCCAGUUCAGAAAUAUUCUAUUCCAAUAAUUACUAAUGGAAUGGAUCUAAUGGCUUGUGCACAAACUGGUUCUGGUAAAACCGCUGCAUUUCUGAUUCCAGUAUUAUCACAAGUAUUUGCAACUAAAAAACCCCCCAGAGAAAUUGGAAAUUCACGUAGAUUUAAAGCUGAACCUUUAGUACUAAUAAUGGCACCUACACGUGAAUUGGCCACACAAAUAUUUGAUGAGUGUCGUCGGUUUACUUAUAGGAGUAUGAUGAGGCCUUGUGUAGUUUAUGGGGGUGCAGAUGCUUUAUCUCAAAAAACUGAAGUUGCUAAAGGUUGUGAUAUAUUAACCGCCACGCCUGGUAGAUUAAAGGAUUUUAUGGAACGUGGUGUUUUGAGUCUUCGUAAAGUUAGGUAUCUUGUACUUGAUGAGGCUGAUCGUAUGUUGGAUAUGGGUUUUGAAGCAGACAUUCAUCUUCCCAAUGAUGGCUCAAGACAAACAAUGAUGUUUUCAGCCACUUUUCCAACAAAUAUUCGAACCCUUGCUCGUGAUUUCUUGAAAGAAGAUCACAUAUUCCUCACAGUUGGUCGUGUUGGUGGUACAACAAGUGAUAUCACUCAAAAGAUAAUGUAUGUCGAAGAAAACGAUAAACGUACAGCACUUGUUGAACUACUUUUAAAACAGCCACCAUCUCGUACUUUGAUUUUUGUUGAAACAAAACGUGGUGCAGAUUCACUUGAUGAUUUCUUAUAUCAUCAAAAUUUUCCUACUACUAGUAUUCAUGGAGAUAGAUCACAACGUGAAAGAGAAGAUGCAUUAAUAGCAUUCAAAAAUGGUCGAUCACCCAUUUUAAUUGCUACAGCUGUUGCAGCUCGUGGUCUUGAUAUAAAAAAUGUAAUGCAUGUCGUAAAUUAUGAUUUAUGUAAUGACAUUGAUGAAUAUGUUCACCGAAUUGGAAGAACGGCUCGAGUUGGUAAUGAGGGAUUGGCAACAACUUUUUAUAAUGAAAAAAGAUCUGAACUUGCCGGUGAUUUAGUUAAAUUAUUGUUGGAAUGUAAACAAGAGAUUCCCAGUUUUCUACAACCAUAUUCACACAUUAAUAUCAAUCCUGACAAGAAUACAAAUGGUGGUAAUAGGGGUUACAGGAAUCAAAAUAACAGAUACAGCAAUAAUGAUUCAUCAGGAGAUUGGGAGGCUCAACGAAAUACCGCAUCAUCAAGUGAUAAUAACAGUAGCAGUACAUGGGACAAUCCACAAAUCACACAAGACAAAAUAAAGCCAAUGUGGGAUUCUAAUGCCAAUGAUACAUCAACAACUGUAACUGAAUCCCCUUGGGAUACAUCAACAACAGUAACUGAAUCCUCUUGGGAUCCAAAUUCUACUCCAUGGUAA